AUGGCCCCUCAGCCGACCAAGGGCACCAAUCGCCAUUACGAUCCUGCGUUCGAGUGGUUCGAUACACUCUUGCGAGCAGGUCUAGCUUUCAGUGUCCUUACAUUUUUAAUCAUCUUUUUCAGCACUUCGGUCAAGUUGGUUGCCUUCUGGAGGCGAAACAGACUCCGAGUCCAUCUUUCCAAGAGGGAUUCAAGGAGCAGAAACGGUAUCGAGCUCGGAGCCGUUCCUCACACAACCGCACCAUUUCCACACAGCUUUGCACCAAGUCGAGCGGACGCUGCAUCAGUGAUCCACCACCCAAACCCGAUUUGCAGAGAUGCAUCAAGAGUUACCGACAACAUUGCACCUGGAAUUGUGCCAUGGCAGUGGAGACAGCACCAGCCACAAGAGGACGAGAGGCUGUGA